GGGGGUACGCUCUGCACCCCGCCGGACGGGAACGCACUCCCACGGCGCAGCACAGCGGGGCUGAGCGGACAAAGUACUUGGCGUCUGGGUGACUCCACUCUCAAACUGGGCACAGGCUCAGCCACCUGCACCCCCUCAGCCUCGCGUAGUCUUUCCCCUGGCCGGGCGGGGAGGUGCGGAGCGGGGCGGGGCUGGUGACGCGGACCGGAGACCCCGGGGGCGGCGCGGGGCGGGAGGCGCGCGUUUCUACCGCAAGCCCGUCAGCGGCGAGGCGCGCGGGAGUCCGGACGCGGAGCCGGAGUCCGACCCGCCCAGCCCCGCCCAGCCCCGCGCCCGCAUGAGGAGCGAUGCCGCUGGGUCUGGCCGCCCGCCGCGUGCACCGCGCUGGAGACAAAGCCCGCGCGUGAGCGGCGCCCUCGGCCCGCGCGCCCCUCUCCGGGUGACCCUCAAAGCACGAGCCCUGAAUCAGCCUCUCGUCUGAAGACUGUCAGUUGCUGCUGCUGCUGCCAGCCUGUCCCCUGCCCCGGCCUGUCACUGUGCUGCCUCGCAGCAGGGGCAGCGGAAUGAAAGAGGGCAUGUCCAAUAACAGCACCACCAGCAUCUCCCAAGCCAGGAAGGCUGUGGAGCAGCUGAAGAUGGAAGCCUGCAUGGACAGGGUGAAGGUCUCCCAGGCGGCAGCGGACCUCCUGGCCUACUGUGAAGCCCACGUGCGGGAAGACCCUCUCAUCAUACCAGUGCCUGCGUCAGAAAACCCCUUCCGAGAGAAGAAGUUCUUCUGUACCAUUCUUUGACUCUGCUGGUUAUGAAAAUGGCUCCUCUUCUCUCAAGGAGUAAAAUCCCUGGUAGAGACCCUGCAUGCUCUUAGCUUUAGGGAGCUCCACCCACACCCAUCCCUGCCCAACCGGGAUCGCUGGGGCUUAUCCGGUCUUUUCAUUCAUUGCAUUCAAUUUCACUUUUUCUUUUCAUUUUCAUGUUAUUUUCCUUAUUGGCAAAGCAAAUAGACAUUUUUGUAGCCAAAUAACAAAUGUGCCAAGUAAAAAUAAAUAUGUAUUUAAGAGUUUAAAUUUUUUAAACAUCAAUUCCAAAGUUUAAAUAUAUCAAGUUAAUACAUUUCAGUGGA